AUGAUAAAUUAUCAUUUGAAUCGAAUAAUUAUUUAUUCGAUUGUUUUUAUUUUUCAAAUUUUCGGACUUUUCGGAAAUUUGAAUUUGAUUAUUUUGACUUAUCGAAAGAAGAAUUUGCAAACUAAAUAUGGUAAGAUUUUUAUGAUGUGGAGGGAAAAACUGGAAAACGUUAUUUCAAUAUAAUUUUGAGUUUCAGGUUUGAUUUUGAUGAUUUUGGCAGUUGUUCAUAGUUUUUGCUUGGGUUUUGAAUAUAUUAGUAUGGGUUUUGGAAUUGCAAGUGAGUUUUUAUAUAGGAAACAUGAACUUUCACGUGAAGAAUGUGUUCUCAAUUUUGAUUUUUUACAAAACCUGAUUUCCAAACUCAAAAUUAGAAUAUAUUUGCAGCAACAUUUUUUGGUUAUGAAGUUCAUCGAAAUAUUUGUUUCUAUACAAUGUUUCCAUAUAUAUUUUCACAUUCUCUUCAAACAGUUAUUAUUUGUAUUUUAUCAUUUGAUCUAUUUCUCACAAUUUAUGUCCCUUUAAAACAUCUCAAAUUCCACAUUCCAACAUAUUUUCCUACUUUAUUUUCUCCUGCUUUUCUACAUGCAAUAAUUAUAGUAUGUUUUGGAUGGAUUUAUUUAGAUCAAGAUAUUAUUCCAUUUUGUAAUCCACCAUCUGCUCUUACAAAUGAUGUGAAUUCAAUUUGGUAUAUCCUAAUGUUCACUUUCUCGAUUUUCACUUUGAUUUUCUAUGUUCUCUCGUUUGGGAUUUUGCGAUGCAAAAAAUGUGAGCAAAAUAACAUUUUCGAAUUUUUUUGACGAUGAAUAAUUCUAAUUAUUUUGCAGAUCAAUCAGAUUCUCCAAAAUGUCUUGAGAAAAAGGCAAUGCUAACUCUGAAAUUUUUGAUCAUAAUAUUUUUAUUCGUCAGAUUUUUAUCAACUUUUUCAAUGAAUAUUUUGAGUUUUCUCGGAUAUGAUGAGGAAAUCGUGGCGAUGGCAAAAAAUUAUAAUGUGAGUUGGCUAAUUUUUCAUAAGCUGUAAAAAAUGAGUGUUAAAAAAAUUUUGGUCUUCGGAAGAAAUUUCCAGAAUUACAAAAAUAAAUUUUUGCGCAGCCCUAAAUCAUUUUUUGUUCAGAUAAUUUGUUCACUGGUUGCUUAUUCACAAAAUGCUUAUGUCUGUUAUUUUCGAUCUUCUGAAUAUCGUCAACUUUUCAACGAGCAACUUUUGAUUGUUUUCCCACGUGGCAAAGUUUUCCUAAAAGUUUCAAGCUCUACAAGAGUUGUAACAUCUAGAUCUCAAAAACUUCAAAUGUCAAACUAA